AUGUCUGAUCAAGACAUUCACCCAAAUAAAUAUGGCCAAUUACGAGGUAUCUACAAAAACCACAUCGAUUUAUAUAAUGCGUUGUAUCGGCUAAAAACGGAGAAAGAUCAAGAUUGUUUCAAGUUUUUAAGAACGAAAUUUCAAUCAGAAAUAACUCCAGAAUGUCUAAAAUUAUCAUUUUUAAGCGGAAAUCAAGAGAUCAUGAGCGAAUGCUUGAAAUAUCAAAAACCAAAUUAUAAAUGCAUGGAGUAUGCAAUCAUCUCACAUAACAUUGAUUUUGUAACAUUCUUGAUGAACGAGUACGAUUUAAGUAUCAAUUUAGGAUAUUGUGGAGAAUAUAAAAAUCUUGAAUCAUUUUUAGUUUAUUUCGAUCAAACUAAUGAUGUUAACAUAUGCUUGGAUUAUUUACCCAUGUUUAAUAUUCCAUCCCUUUGCGAAUAUUUCCUUUUACAUGGUGCAAAUAUCAAUGAAAGAAAUUAUUACUUUAAAUCUGCUCUUCUUACAGCAGCAAUUAAUAAUGUUAAUAAAGAUGUGAUUGAACUUCUUGUUUCACAUGGUGCAGAUGUCAAUGAAACAGCUGACCAUAGAAGAACCGCUCUUCAUCAUGCAAUAAUGCAUAAUAAAGAAACAACAGAAUUUCUUCUUUCACAUGGUGCAGAUGCCAGUCAAAAAGAUAUACAUAAGCAAACCGCUCUUUAUUAUGCAGCAUCUAUAAAUAACGUUGAAUUAAUUGAAAUUCUUCUUUCACAUGGUGCAAAUAUCAAUGAAAAAGAUGAAGAUGAGCAAACCGCUCUUCAUUUGGCAGCAAUGAAGAAUAGUAAAGAAAUAACUCAACUUCUUCUUUCACAUGGUGCAGAUAUCAAUGAAAAAGAUAUAUAUGGGGGUACCGCUCUUCAUUUUGCAGCAUCUAACAAUAAUAUUGAAUCAAUUGAAAUUCUUCUUUCACAUGGUGCAAAUAUCAAUGAAAAAAAUGAAGCUAGUAUAACCGCUCUUCAUUUUGCAGCAUGGCAUAAUUGUAAAGAAACUGCGGAACUUCUUCUUUCACAUGGUGCAAAUAUCAAUGAACAAGAUUUUGCUGGGAGAACCGCUCUUCAUUUUGCAGUAUAUAAUAAUAGUAAAGAAAUUGCGGAACUUCUUUUUUCACAUGGUGCAAAUAUCAAUGAACAAGAUAACGAUGGAAAUACCGCUCUUCAUUUGGCAGCAAAAUAUAAUAGUGAAGAAACUGCGGAACUUCUUCUUUCAUAUGGCGGAAAACAAUAA